AUGUUUAUAGGUAGCGUUCUUUCGUUCGAUGUGGAAGGAAAGACAAGCUUUGAAAUCCCGCUGAAUCAUGUUUCCCAGUGUAAUGCCGGAAAGAACGAAGUUACAGUCGAAUUUCACCGGAACGAUAAAGCUCCGGUGAAUUUGAUGGAAAUGCGGUUCCACAUUCCAACAGCGGAAUCGGCUGAAAUUGACCCUGUCGAAGCAUUCCAGGAGCAGGUGAUGAGACAGGCUUCCGUAAUUUCUGCGUCUGGUGACGCAAUUGCUAUAUUCCGAGAGAUACAUUGCCUGACACCGCACGGUCGCUACGACAAUAAAGUAUUCCAGAGCUUUUUCCAGCUGCACGGUAAGACGUAUGAUUUUAAGAUUCCGACGUCGUCGGUGCUGCGGUUGUUCCUGCUGCCGCAUAAGGACAACCGGCAAAUGUUUUUCGUCAUUUCGUUGGAUCCGCCGACAAAGCAGGUUCAAACUCGUUACCACUUUCUGGUGACGCUGUUCCAGAUGGACGAGGAAACAAACAUCGAAUUACCCUUCACCGAGGAGGAAUUGAAGGAAAAAUAUGAGGAUAAACUUACUAAAGAGCUCGCUGGACCGGUGUACGAAGUACUCGGAAAGAUUAUGAAAGUCAUCAUAAACCGAAAGCUGACCGGAUCGGGAACUUUUAUCGGUCAUUCGGGAACUCCUGCAAUUGGAUGUUCUUUCAAGGCAGCUGCAGGUUAUCUCUACCCACGUCGCAUGAUAUUUCACUUGUAGAUUCACUUCAGUAAAGCUUUCUCUAGCUGGUCGAUUUUGCGCAAAUGAUUGCUCGGUCACUUCACCGUUUUUGGAUCCUUCUACCAUAUUCAGCUAUUCCACUACUUGUUACAGGGAACUUUUGAUUAUCGACAGUUUGAACGAUAACAUGAAUCGGAUCUAACAGAUUGGUUUCGU